AGUCUUUUGUGAGAGUUUGGUGAGACUCACGGUUACUUUACUCGUUAGGAGUGAAGUAUAGAACACCCUUGUGGACCGGCCAAGAGAUAAGGUGUUGGUGUGGAUGAGGGCCAAACCCCAUAAAUUUUCACAUUUACUUUUCUUUUUGGCCCAUAAUAAGGAGGUUUGUCUAAAAUGGCAGUGGCGGCCUAGCAGGUACAAAAUUUCAAUUGAUAAUCCCACCAGUUAGCUGCUUUGCAGCUCCUCCAUCCUACUCUUCUAGCUUGUGAUUCUAUUCUCUUAUUAAUUUCCCUUUUUCUUGUUUUAAAGACAAGAAUUUGAAGGAGAGAAAAGAGUGAGAGUGCAGUAUAUCAUCAUUUUAAUUUGGUUAAGAGACAGAGACAUAUAUAGACAUGGUUGAAGAAGGUCUAACUUUGGAGUACACCCCAACAUGGGUUGUUGCUUCUCUGUGCACUGUUAUCGUUGCCAUCUCUCUCGUCGCCGAACGUCUCCUUCACUACACUGGCAAGUAUCUCAAGAAAAAGAACCAGAAGCCUCUCUUUCAGGCCUUACAGAAGAUCAAAGAAGAGUUGAUGUUGUUGGGGUUCAUAUCACUGCUACUCGCAGUGUUCCAAUCACGGAUUGAAAAACUUUGCAUAUCCGAGAACACAGCCAAAGAGUGGUUGCCUUGUAAAUUAACAGAUGCAUCUUCUUCUUCUACUACUACCCAUUUCCAAACCUUGUUCACUUCUUUUAUUCCCGGUCGCCUCCUCGCCGAGGCAACAACUACUCCCGAAGAAUAUUGUGCUGAGAUGGGGGGAAAGGUCCCAGUGUUAUCUCCUACUGCACUGCAUCAUCUUCACAUAUUUAUCUUUGUGUUAGCUGUUGUGCAUGUGACUUUCUGUGCUCUAACUAUUCUUUUCGGAGGAGUGAAGAUACGUCUAUGGAAACAUUGGGAGGAUUCUAUCUCAAAAAAGGAAAACGAUCCAGAAGAAGUUCUGAAAACAAACUUUACACAAGUCCAAGAUCAUGAUUUUAUCCGGAAUCGCUUUCUGGGUUUUGGCAAAGAUUCGGCUUUGUCAGGGUGGGUGCAUUCAUUUUUCAAGCAAUUUUAUGGGUCUGUGACAAAAACAGAUUAUCUGGCAAUGCGACUAGGCUUCAUUAUGACUCAUUGCAGAGGAAACCCACAGUUUAAUUUCCACAAGUACAUGAUUCGCACCCUUGAAGCUGAUUUCAAGAAAGUCGUUGGAAUAAGUUGGUAUCUUUGGUUAUUUGUGGUCAUUUUCUUGGUGCUGGAUGUGGCUGGUCGGCAUGCAUACUUUUGGAUUUCAUUCAUACCCUUCAUUCUUCUACUUGCUGUGGGCACUAAGUUGGAGCAUGUAAUUAUCCAGUUGGCCCAUGAGGUUGCUGAGAAACAUGUAGCAAUUGUAGGUGAUUUGGUAGUUCAACCUUCAGACAAUCAUUUCUGGUUCCAUAGGCCCCGGAUUGUUCUCUUGCUGAUUCAUUUCAUCCUGUUUCAGAAUUCAUUUGAAAUAGCAUUCUUCUUUUGGAUAUGGGUUCAAUAUGGAUUUGACUCAUGCAUGAUGGGAGAAAUCGGUUAUAUCAUCCCAAGACUAGUUAUAGGGGUAUUCAUUCAGUUCAUCUGCAGUUAUAGUACCCUACCACUGUAUGUAAUUGUCACACAGAUGGGAAGUUCAUAUAAAAAGGCUAUAUUUGAAGAACACAUACAUGAAGGGCUUGUUGGUUGGGCUCGAAUGGCCAAAAAGAACAAGGGUUUGAGAAAGGCUUCUAAUGGCUCAUCGACGACUACUACUACUACGACUCCGGGUUCUACUACUCAUGCAUCUAGCCAAAUGAAUCCAAAAGAAACUACUCCUAUGGCAAUUCAGAUGAGUGAAGUAUCUGCAAUGGAAGAAGGCAAUGCAGGAGAGAUUGCAGCUGCAACUCUGAACGAUGGACAUAGCUGAAGGCAUCAUAGUCUCAAUCAAAACUCUUGGCAGUUAGUAUAUAUUUUAUAAAGGAAAGUCAAGUAGAAUUAUUUUAUAAAGGAAAGUCAUUUUAGUUA